ACCCGAGUUGAAAACGAAUACGUACUUCAAACGUCAAAAAACGAGUUGUAAAUCAUGGAUUGUAGGACCACCACAGCCACAUAUACGCCGGGUAGUCGACAGGGUACACACCCGGAUUACAGUAUUCCUGUGUACAAGGCCCUUCUCUAGCAUGGCAGACAGCGACAACACCGACCCUGAAGAAAUCCAAUACAAGCAGGAUGACAAAACCGCCAAAAAGAGAUGCAUCCGCAUCUUGAAGGAAAUGGAGUUCCGCUGCAUGAACUCGGCAAUCAUGAACUAUGAGCUGUCCAGUCACUAUGACAACCUCCAAUUCCGUGUGUCCGUCGUCUCCAGCAUCGCCGCAGGAAUUGCCACGUUGCCCGCCGCCAAGGUCAUCCCCGCAGCCCAGGCCAUGACUGGUUUGGGGUCAAAGGUGACAAAACUGGGAAUGGUCGCACUCCUCGGUGCUUCCGCCGCUGCUGUGGCCUAUUCACAGGCGGCAGAAUAUCUCCUUCCAAGUUUGAAACGGAAGACUACGGACUACAACAAAGCUGGAGCCGGCUGGCAGAGGCUUGAACUGAAUAUUCGAGGCUUCCUCGCGUCUUCUACGGUGGACCAGACGACUGUUAACGAGUACAGGUCUUUUAUAGAACACUGUGGAGAAAAACGGGAGGAAAUUUGUAACAUCGCUCGCCCCGAGGAGUGGAGUUAUAAGAAGUAUAACGCCACCUGUAGUCACGUGAUUGAGAGGUACAAGAAGAGGAACCAAUGGCAUAUGGAGUUUCGGCGGCAGCAGAAAGAGGUGGAGGAAGAAAUGAAGAAAACUGGAUAGACUGGUUCCCGAUCGUUUCCGCGACAGAAUGGGAGGAAGAGAAGCGAUACCAAGCGGAAAAUACGGGAACCAGUCUACAAUCUGGUAACCGGCAGUAAAGAGAUUUUGACAUUGACAGAACCAUUUUGCUCUUAAUUUUGUUUUAAAACAACAUUUAUUCAGACCAAUCUAGAUUAUAAGUUUCAUUGCUGGUAUGGGAACCUGUGUAUUCAAAAUAGAAAUAAAAUGAUCAAAAUUGUUAAAACAUCAUAUACAACUAUUGGACUUUCAAUAUCGGGGAUAUCCGCAGUUGCUAAGUUCAACAUAUUUUAAAGACGGCAAAGCCAGCAUUCGUUGUUUUAAUCGACCUAAUGUUCUCUUUAUCCACGCACGGUGUUUUUAAGAAUUGCUAAAAAUCAGUGUGGAACUUAGAAUUAUUCAAAGUGAUUUUAUGUAUGUGUAGUGAGUUCUCUUUGUUCGAGUAUCGUUACGCGUUCUGUCCAACAUUACUAAUGAUGAGAAGUACGAUGUAUAACAAAUUAAAAGCAUUAUCUUACCUUUUAUGACUGGCUCGGCUUGUGGCUCGCGCAUUAUGCUGUGCGCGGACGAGUGACCGUGUAUGGGUUGACCAUACACUGAUCAUCAUAUAUUAUACAGUUCUAGUGGUGAACUCGUGCAUUUUGGAAUUUUUUAUAUAAUUCAUUUUAUUUUAUGUUUUCAUGACAAUAAGUUGGAAAUGAGAGUAGUGCUCGUUUAAAGAGCAGAACUUCAAAAACGAAUAUUUCCAGAUGUAAUUUGAUAUACAGAUCAGUCUAGUGGUGAAAAGUUCCUUUUGAUGAUUUGGGAUUGUUGAAAUGCUUAACAGAUGAUAUUGUUUUCUUCCCCGAUAACUUUUUAAUUUGAAAUAUUUUUUUAACAUUAUGAAGCCCGUAGAACCUAUUAUUUUUAAGCUUUUAAGGAUAACAUAAAUAUUUGAAUAUAUUUAAUAGUGAACUACACAGAAAAAAAACUACACAGAAAAGUACAGUAUUGCUCGGGAAGUUGUUUCUUCUUGUGGCAAGCAUCAGUCGGUGUGGUACACUAUCGUUAUUUUAUGUACGCUUCAACCCAAUAAUCAAUAAAUUUUGCUGGUUAACAACAGCUUUUUGGACUCGUAUGUCAUGCGAAGAGAAUAUAUUGUAACAGUGAGAAGUGUUCGAUUGAACAAAAUAAUUGUUUCUGAGAUUUGAAUCAUCCAGAGUAUUUACUACAUAUUUUAGACCAGAAAGUUCCGUUCUUGUAGUUGAAGCUAUUUUAAAACCAACCUUUGGCGAAUGUUUGGCGAACACCUCACGUUAACAAUGUUUUGUUUGGCGUACACCAUCAAUGUUAUGUUAGGCGGAACACAUUAAGUUAUCAAUGUUAUGUUUGGCGAACACCCCGUUAUCAAUGUUACCUUUAGCAAACGCCUCAUUUUAACACUAAGUUUCUGCUUUUGGAAGAAUGCAAUUUGCAUAGUUUUGUAUGCAUUCGGAACCCACUGCUUACUAUUGCUUUGGACGUUUUCUUUCCAUGAAUUAUAGGCCUUGUAGUUAUGAAUGAAGGAAACGUAGUAAAGAAAAACAAACACUC